UCUACAUCGCUAGCCGGACCACUAUGGUCACGCGAAACUAUGCAGUGUUUAGUGAUUUUGUAGUGUAAGAAUGUCUCAGGCCCCGGGCGGCAAAAAGGGCGGGAAGGGGCCCCCAAAAAAGGUCCCGGAUGAGGAUAAAAUAGCGCCGAAAGCUGAGGAGAAAGAUGAGACAUCUUCCAACAAUGGAGACAAGAAGGAGGCUAAGGAAGGGAAUGGGAUGGUGGAUGUGCCAAAGCCUCCGAGCGCUGGGAUUAACAUGCGGGAGGUUGCUGCAAAGAUAUUGGUGUUGGCUCAGAAGUCUGAAUGGCCAGCCGUCGAGCAAACUCUUAAAGCGUUGGAGAAGCUGGUGGCAGCGGGUGGGGAAGACACAGUAUCAGUUCCCAUGGCCGGCAUCAUUGAUCCGACAACCGGCAUGACACCUCUCAUGUAUGCUGUCAAGGACAACAGAACUUCCUUCGUGGAAAGGCUUAUAGAGCUUGGAUCUGAUGUCGGAGCGAGAAAUAAUGACAACUACAAUGUUCUUCACAUAUCAGCCAUGUACUCCAGAGAGGAUAUUGUCAAACUUUUACUAUCAAAGAGGGGUGUCGAUCCCUUUGCCACUGGAGGAAGUCGCCAACAAACAGCAGUGCAUUUAGUAGCCAGCAGACAGACCGGAACCGCUACAAGUAUUCUACGUGCUCUAUUAACAGCGGCUGGGAAAGACAUCCGGCUAAAAACUGAUGGAAGGGGAAAAAUCCCGCUGCUGCUGGCCGUAGAGGCUGGCAACCAAAGCAUGGUGAGAGAGCUACUCAGCGCGCAGACGGCCGAGCAACUCAAGGCAUCAACACCGGCGGGUGACACGGCACUGCAUCUCUCCGCUCGCAGACGAGACGUGGACAUGUCACGUAUUCUCGUGGACUAUGGGGCAGCGGUCGAUGCAGUCAAUGGAGCUGGUCAAACAGCACUACAUAUAGCAGCUGCGGAAGGAGACGAGCCUUUAGUAAAAUACUUUUAUGGUGUUAGAGCUAAUGCAGCCAUUGCAGACAACGAGGAUCGGACGCCGAUGCAUUUAGCGGCAGAGAAUGGUCACGCAGCGAUCAUUGAGCUUCUAGCGGACAAGUUUAAAGCCUCUAUCUUUGAACGUACUAAAGAUGGCAGUACUUUAAUGCACAUCGCCUCAUUAAAUGGACACGCGGACUGUGCUAUGAUGCUAUUUAAAAAAGGAGUGUAUUUACAUAUGCCUAAUAAGGACGGUGCAAGAAGUAUCCACACUGCCGCUCGAUAUGGUCACGUGGGUAUUAUUAACACGUUACUGCAGAAGGGCGAGAGUGUAGACGUUACCACAAAUGAUAAUUACACAGCUCUUCAUAUAGCGGUGGAGUCAUGCAAGCCGGCGGUGGUAGAAACUUUAUUAGGUUAUGGUGCCGACGUCCACAUUCGAGGUGGCAAGCAAAGAGAAACGCCACUACAUAUCGCUGCUCGGAUACCCGAUGGCGAUAAAUGUGCGUUGAUGCUGCUUAAAUCAGGCGCAGGUCCGAAUAAGGCCACAGAAGACGGUAUGACACCGGUACAUGUUGCAGCAAAAUACGGGAAUCUAGCAACACUAAUACUUUUGUUGGAGGAUGGAGGAGACCCACUUAGAAAAACAAAGAGCGGUGAGACCCCACUACAUAUGGCAUGUCGAAGUUGUAAGCCCGAUGUAGUACGGCACUUACUAGAAUUUGUAAAAUCUCAUAAGGGAGAAAAAGUAUCAUCAACAUACAUUGACGCAGUCGACGAAGAUGGAGCAAGCGCUUUACAUUUUGCGGGGCAGAUUACUAAAGAGGAGGUCAUAAAACCGUCUGCUGAUAAAGAGGUUGUCAAAUGCUUAAUGGAAUAUGGUGCCGACGUUUCCUUACACACGAGACAAAAUCACGAAACUGCCUUUCAUUUUUGUGCAAUUGCGGGUAACAACGAUGUUUUGACAGAAAUGAUAACCGACAUGUCUGCUACAGAUGUUAGCCGAGCUCUUAAUAAGCAAAACUCGAUUGGCUGGACACCGUUACUUAUUGCGUGUCAUCGUGGUCACAUGGAACUAGUAAAUACUUUACUUUCAAACCACGCCAGAGUAGACGUUUUUGAUGUAGAGGGAAGAUCCGCUUUACAUUUAGCUGCUGAACGAGGAUUUCUACAAGUUUGUGAUGCUUUGUUAACAAACAAGGCAUUUAUUAAUUCAAAAGCAAGAAAUGGACGAACAGCACUUCACUUGGCAGCCAUGAAUGGAUAUGCACAUUUAGUGAAGUUUUUAAUAAGAGAUCACAAUGCUAUGAUAGAUGUUCUCACGCUUAAAAAACAAACGCCUUUGCAUUUAGCAGCAGCCUUCGGUCAAAUUGAAGUCUGUAAAUUAUUACUAGAACUUGGUGCCAAUAUUGAUGCUACUGAUGAGUUAGGUCAAAAACCGAUUCAUGCCGCUGCACAAAAUAAUUUCUCUGAAGUUGUCCAGUUAUUUCUCCAACAACACCCUAAUUUAGUUAUGGCAACCACAAAAGAUGGAAAUACUUGUGCACAUAUAGCAGCCAUUCAGGGAUCGGUGAAAGUAAUAGAAGAAUUAAUGAAAUUUGAUAGGACUGGCGUGAUAUCAGCACGAAAUAAGCUUAAUGAGUCAACACCUUUGCAAUUAGCAGCAGAAGGAGGCCAUGCGGACGUGGUUAGAGUUCUAGUCAGGGCUGGUGCUUCAUGCACAGAAGAAAAUAAAGCAGGUCUUACUGCUGUGCAUUUAGCAGCAGAACACGGCCAUACCAAUGUAUUAGAUGUAAUGCGUUCAACUAAUACUUUACGGAUAUCCAGUAAAAAACUAGGCUUAACUCCUUUACAUAUUGCAGCAUACUAUGGUCAAGCGGAAACUGUUCGUGAACUUUUAUCACAUGUGCCUGGCACUGUUAAGUCUGAAGCUCCUACGGGAGUAUCUUUAGUUCCGAUACUGGGCGCUGAAUCUGGCCUUACCCCAUUACAUCUUGCUGCGUAUAAUGGCAAUGAAAAUGUCGUUCGCCUGCUGCUUAACUCUGCUGGAGUACAAGUUGAUGCAGCUACAAACGAAAAUGGAUAUAAUCCUUUACAUUUAGCAUGCUUCGGAGGUCAUAUGUCUAUAGUGGGAUUACUAUUAAGUCGAUCUGCCGAAUUGCUUCAAAGUACAGAUAGGCAUGGCAAAACCGGUUUACAUAUAGCUUCCACUCAUGGUCACUACCAAAUGGUGGAAGUAUUACUUGGACAAGGGGCGGAAAUUAAUGCCACGGACAAAAAUGGAUGGACGCCCUUACACUGUGCGGCUAAAGCGGGACAUUUAAAUGUUGUAAAAUUAUUAUGUGAAUCAGGAGCGUCCCCAAAAAGUGAAACAAAUUUAAACUACGCCCCGAUAUGGUUUGCGGCAUCUGAGAAUCACAACGACGUUCUCGAGUACCUUUUACAUAAAGAACAUGACACUCAGUCUUUGAUGGACGAUAAAAGGUUCAUUUAUAAUUUAAUGGUGUGUUCCAAAAAUCACAACAAUAUUCCAAUUGAAGAAUUCGUACUAGUUUCUCCGGCACCAGUUGAUACAGCGGCUAAAUUAUCAAACUUAUACGUGAAUUUAUCAACAAAGGAAAAGGAGCGCGCUAAAGAUCUAAUAGCAGCAGGAAAACAAUGUGAAAAUAUGGCUACGGAGUUAUUGGCUUUAGCGGCAGGUGCCGAUUCUGCAGGACAUAUACUUACUGCUACAGAUAACAGAAAUAUAGAAUUUUUGGACGUCUUAAUAGAAAAUGAACAGAAAGAGGUGAUCGCACACACAGUCGUUCAGAGAUAUCUUCAGGAACUCUGGCGAGGGAGCCUCAAGUGGACUGGCAUCAAAAUUAUGUUCCUUUUUUUCGCAUUUAUAAUUUGCCCUCCAGUAUGGAUGGUGUUCUCCCUUCCAUUAGGACAUAAAUAUAAUAAAAUUCCUAUCAUUAAGUUUAUGUCGUACCUAACGUCACAUAUUUAUCUUAUGGUGUUGUUAUCUUUAGUGGCUAUCACGCCUAUAUAUAAUUCUAUUUUUAGGGAUAGUUUGGUACCGAGAUGGUAUGAAUGGAUGCUUUUAGUAUGUUUAAGUGGUCUACUUCUUUUUGAAUUAACGAAUCCAAGUGAUAAGUCUGGGUUAGGUUGGAUAAAAAUUGCAGUAUUAUUAUUAGGUAUGAUAGGUGUUGCUACCCAUGUCGUUGGGUGGAUAUUUGUAUUACCUAAGUAUUGGCCAACUUUAAUGUAUUGUAGGAAUCAAUUUUUUGCAUUAUCUUUUCUGUUAGCCUGUGUGCAGAUUUUGGACUUUUUAUCUUUCCAUCAUUUGUUCGGCCCAUGGGCCAUUAUUAUUGGCGACCUUAUGAAAGAUUUAGGAAGGUUUUUAGCUGUGUUAGCAAUAUUUGUCUUCGGAUUCUCAAUGCACAUCGUUGCUCUAAAUCAGCCUUUUAGAAACUUAUACAAACCUGAAGAUAAUAAAUAUGCAAGACAAGCUAGAAGAAGGCUGUUCUCCGACGAGAACCUUCGAACAAAAAGACAAAUAGUCGAUACUCAGUGGCUAAGUACAUAUUCACAAAACGUAGAGUCCUACCGACGAAAACAGGGACAAACUGGUCCGAUGUUGUCACCGAUCGAGGCGUUCGAGAAAAUGUUCUUCGCCCUUUUCGGCCAGAUUACUAUAUCAGACCUCAACUACGUAUCCAGAUUAAGGCCCUUGUGGACGCAGAACCUGUUCAAGUUUGUCUUCGGCGGCUACUUAUUGAUGACCGUGGUGGUCCUCGUAACGCUCCUAAUUGCGAUGAUGUCGGAUACUUACCAGCGCAUCCAGGCACAAUCAGAUAUAGAGUGGAAGUAUGGACUGUCCAAAUUAAUCAGGAACAUGCAUCGAACAAACACAGCUCCGUCCCCUCUAAAUCUUGUUACCACAUGGCUUAUGUGGCUCAUUCAUAGAUGCAAGGAUCGCAUAACAAAAAAGAAACGUCCAAGUCUGGUGCAUAUGAUUGGUCUGCAGCGUCAAGAGCAGAUGAGUGCUCGUUCUAAAGCUGGAUCCAAGUGGUUGUCUAAAGUCAAAAGAGGACAGGUUGUUCCAAAAGAUUCAACACGCCUGUCUGUGGUCCAUCUAAGUCCUAUGGGGUCACAGCUAAGCUUCAGCAAUAUAACGAGGAUAGAAAAUGUAGUUGAUUGGGAGGUUAUAGCCAAAAAAUACCGAGCGCUCACCAGGGAUGAACCAGAAGAGCCAGUCAACAAAGACAGCGACACGGACACUGUUGAUGAUGAAUCAGAAUUAAUACCAAAUAAUAUCGCAGUACCGCCUUGAAUGAAUCUCCGAUAGUGACGAUCCCAUUUCUUCCUAUUUAGGGAUCUUUUCUAAUGAUUUUGCGUCCGCUUGCCUUUAUGUAAAAAAUGAUUGUUCUACUCCUUAAAGUAGACUUAUCUUACAAUAAUUUUUACUGAAUAUCAUGAUAAAAUCGGGUUGAGUUUUUAAAAAAUAAUUCAUCAUCAUUAUAUAUAGCAUCGACAUUAUUUAAUAAGAAAUAUUUUUGAAGCCGGAAUCUUCUUCAGGCUUAAAUAUCUUACAAUAUUGAGUGAUACGUCUAUAUUCAAAGUUGUGACUUACCUUUUCAAGUAUGGAAUGAGUGAAUCUUUGAUGAAACGAGGUUGUAACAAAACCAUAGUGAAAAGUAAUAUUUUUCCAUUUAAUAUUAUAUUUGAAUAAAAUAAAUAAUAGUGUAUAAAAUUAUGUAAGUAUUAUUAGUAUUCUAUUAAUAUUUUUGUAAAUAAAUGUGUUGUGUAUUUGUGUACCGAAUUGUUUCGAAUAAAAAUUAUGCAUUAAA